AUGACAGAACAAACCUCAUACGAGAAUUAUGACUUCCUACGGCGAGGCUCGAGGAGAAGCGGUGUGGUGGGCUCGCAAUCUGGAUCGAUAUCACCACAUCGGAAACCAGUCAGACAGCAGAGCACGCGAAACAGCAACGGCACCAUGAGCGCUGCGAGCUCGUCAGAUAGGGUAUCGGCAGGGACCAACAUCACACAGCCACCAGCAUACUCGAAAAACCAAGGCUAUUUUCCUGAGAAAUACGUUCCUACGGUCUUUGAGAACUACCUAUCACACACAGAACAUAAACCUAGCGGCAAGACAGUUGAGUUAGCACUAUGGGAUACCGCAGGCCAAGAAGAGUAUGAUCGCCUUCGUCCACUUUCAUACCCGGAAACCGAUCUCCUCUUUGUCUGCUUCGCCAUCGACUGCCCCAACUCAUUAGAGAACGUCAUGGACAAGUGGUACCCCGAAGUCCUCCAUUUCUGCCCCACAACCCCCCUCAUGCUCGUCGGCCUCAAAUCAGACCUCCGCACCAAACGCGCCUGUAUCGACCUCCUCAAGACCCAAGGUCUAACCCCAGUAACGCAAGAGCAAGGUCAAAAUGUCGCAAGACAAAUGGGAGCCACCUAUGUCGAAUGCAGCAGCAAAGAGAUGCUGGGCGUACAUGAGAUCUUCGAUCUUGCCGUGGACACAGCGGUGGGCCGAGAAAUACAGAUGAAGGAGCGGAAGCAGACUCAGCAGUCGUUCGUUGGAAAGGGUGCAGCCGCAGGAGCUGGCAGGGAGAAGAAGUCGAAGAAGAGAGAAUGUCGGAUUCUAUGA